GUGUCAUUCAUUAGCAAUUUUCUGGAGACACAAGUAUAAUGUAUUCAAAGGUGUUGACUGUGGCUGCAGUUUGUGUGGUCUGCGUUUUAGCGGCGCCCCCCACGGAUGUGGUUCCAUUGGAGAAACAGCAGCCUACCGUCAUACCCAUCCUCUCGCAGUCGGAAGAGUUAGAAGCGAAUGGAACAUUUAAAUUUAGCUACGAGACCGGAAACGGAAUCAAGCGGGAGGAAGAAGCUUAUGUGAAGAUUGUGCCCAAAGCCAAAAGCCGUAGUGCGAGCAGUAAUGAAGGUGGUGAGAGUGAUGAAGACAGCAACGAGAUCCAUGUCCAGAGAGGCUCCUACUCGUAUACCGCUCCCGACGGAACAGUCAUCACAGUCAGGUAUAUUGCCGAUGAAAAUGGCUUCCAACCUAUCGGUGACCACAUUCCACGAGUGCCAUCAUCGGUACCUGCUACUUCGUCCGAAAAAUCUGGUAAAUUGAUGAAACCUGCAGAUAGCGCAGUAUCUGCUUCUGAACCUAAGAAACAGGAGAAACCUGCACCAGCUCCUGCAAGUGCAUCAGCACCAGCUGCAAGUAGGCCAGCACCAGCUGCAAAACCAUCUGCAUCUAAUGCAAAACCAGAAGAGCCACCCAAAGAGGCCACUACAGAAAAAUCCAAUGAGAAUUCUGAAAAACCAGCACCAGAAGAAAGUUCAUCUGAAUCUACAUUUAAUCCUACAUCCAUUCAACCUACUUCAGCUGAAGCUACCGAAGCAUCAGCUUCUACAUCUGUAGAAGCAUCAGAUGACAAACAAACUACAACAAACCCUAUAACCGAAGCUAGUCCAACUUCAGAAGCUGAAAAUCCAUCAACUACCAGCUCUUCCACGCCUUCUUCUGGAGAAGAAUCAAGCACAACAACUGCUGCAUCUUAAUCUGAGAUGCUCACGAUACUCCACAAAAUCUUCUACUU